AUGUCUGCGGUGCCCGAAUUGAAGUCCGAGGCCGACGAGCUCCCGGCCAAAAAGUCCUCGGAGGAGGCCCUCCAGCGCCGCCGCGAGGGCCGCAUCAAGGCCGCACAGACCAUCGCCCAGAACUUGAAGAAGAGCGGCAUCGGCCGCUUCGAGGAGGAGAACGGCUUUGCCUUGACCAGCGUGAAAACCAUCCCGUUGAUCAACCAGAAGAACUAUUUCGCCGAGUACUUGAAGAAGGACGACCAGAUCACGGUGGUGCGCACGUGGCGCAACGAGAAACAGAAGGACGCGGCGCUCAAGAGCGCCGGCUCGGACGCCAAAAAGCCCGCCGACGACGACAACGAUGACGACGACAACGACAACGACGACGACAACGACAACGACAACGACGACGACCCGGGCGCGGGCGCCGCCAAGAUGGGCAGCGACACCUUGGUGCUCCACCCGGGGUCCCAGGUCCUCCGGAUCGGCCGUGCCACGGACAGCUUCCCCACGGACGUGCCGAUGGUGGUGGCGGUGCGCAACCCCGGCGGUCUGGACACGUAUCCCGAGGUUCCCCGGCGCGUGCGCUACGACGACGGCGACUACGACUUUGGCGAGCGGUUCAACGCGAUCAAGGCCACGGUGACCAAGGACUUCAAGGCCCGCAUGCGCUUCUACAAGCGCCGCAUGAUGCCCAACUCGCGCGAGAGCGCGGCCAACUUCAACCGCAUGCAGCGGCCCGAGAUGGUGCCGGACAACGCCGACCCGGACUACAAGGAGUUCUAUGAAACAAACGACGCGCUCUUGGCGAGCCGGGACUUCUUCGCGGGCGCGGACGCGUUAAGGCUCCCGCUCAGCGCGGCGUACACGGCCUGGCGGCUCCGCUACCCCAUCGUCAACGGCACGUUCAACCAGGACCGGGCCGACUACGCAUCGCCACAGGAGUUCAUCGGCGACAUCACGCGGAUCUUGCACGAGGCCCUCAAGGCCAUCAGCGUGCCUGCGGCCGACGCGCGCAGGCUCAAGUGCCUCCUCAUCAUCCCCGACUUCUACGACAAGGAGGUGGUCGAGACCUGGGUGGAGAUCUUGUUGGGGCUGAUGGGCUUCGCCCGCGUGGGCGUGAUCCAGGAGGCCGUGGCCGCCACCUUUGGCGCGGGCUCCUCCAGUGCGUGCGUGGUGGACGUCGGCGCCCAAAAGACCACGGUCUCGUGCGUCGACGAGGGCAUGGUCAUCAACGACUCCAGGGUCAGCUUGGACUACGGCGGCGACAACAUCACCGAGACGUUCGCCAAGUUGCUCUUGCAGCAGAACUUCCCGAUCCAGGACAUCAACCUCCACGACCGGAACGACGACUGGGAGUUGCUUGACCGCUUGAAGCGCAACUUCUGCACGUUCGACGACGCGGACAUCGCCGUGCAGCUAUACAACUUCUACCGCCGCAAAGCGGGCGGACAGACGGAGAAGUACAACUUGAAGGUCUUCGACGAGGUCAUGCUUGCGCCCCUCGGCCUUUUCUACCCGGACUUCUUCCAGCUAUCCGACAAAACAAAGAGCAAAACGCUCUUCCCCGAGUCCUACGACCACUACACCGGCGAACCCAACAACCCGUUUUCUCAGGCACAGGAAAACCUCGUCGCUGGAAAGGGCUUCACGGAAAUGAGCGACGAAGCCUUGCUUUUGAAAAUCAUAGAGGAUAAACAGGUGUUCAAGACGGCCAACGCCGCCUAUGGCAAGCCCGUGCCCAACAGAGCAGGCUCGACUGAAGAUUCCACCAAGAACUUCGCUGUGCCGUUGGACAAGGCGAUCAUCGAGUCGAUCACAAAUGCUGGGAUCGCCACGGACUUCAACAAGGCAAAGAAAUUGUACGACAACAUCCUUGUCACUGGGGGCGGCUUGGCCCGCUUCCCGGGAUUCGACAUGUUGCUCACCGAUAGAAUUAAUAUCUGGCGGCCUCGCUUCUUAUCCACCUCCAGUUUAGACGACAUCUUGAGUUACGUUGGCAAGGAAAAAGACCGCUUGGAAAUCAAAAAGAAGCAAAUGAUCAGCGAUGCCAAGGCAAAGAAGAAAGGAGCGCUGUCUGCAGAUGAGGUUGAGCUAUCAGAGCAAGAUAUGAAGAAAAUCGAUGCCGAUACCGCACUAACAAUUGAUCUUGAGAAGGCCGACGCAGUGGCGGAUGAUGGCUCAGUCAUCGCGGUGAAUGUUCUCCCGGCACCAAAAGAGCUAGACCCACGGGUGCUUUCUUGGAAGGGCGGCAGUGUGUAUAGUCGCUUGAAAGUCAUCAACGAAAUGUGGAUCACAAAAGAUGACUGGGACACUUUGAACUCACGGUGCCUUUACUACAAGAGUUUGUUUAACUAUUGA